GGUUACCUUUGACCUCAGUUAUUUUAAACCAAUUAUGAAUAGGAGAACUUAUAAUUAAAUUAGACAAUAGUGAUAUAAAACUGCUUCUACACAUUUAUCCAAAAUGAUCGUGGAAGAUAUAAUCUAUCUCUCCCUGUUGUUUUUUUCAAUGGGCUUUGGUGUCUAUUACAGAACUAUCGAAAAUCCCGAUCUAAAGAAAAAAGUAGGAGCGCUUAUCGGAUUCGUGAUAGUUUUUAUAGUAUCCGGUUUUCAUUGUCUGCAUGUCGCGGUUAGUACGUUAAUAAAUGCUUGUAUAAUACUGUACACAGAUAAACGGAAAUGCCACAUCUACAGUUUUAUAUUUUCAUUCCUAUAUUUAUUCUUCUUUCGAGCAACGAUAUACUUUGGAAUACCGUACCCACCGUCUCACACAAAUCUAGUGCAAAUGAUGGUGACGUUGAAAAUAAUCGGUUUGGCUUUCGAAGUUAACACUUCUUAUUACUCGAAAAAGAAGAGAGACAAAGGGAGUAAGACUGAGGAGGAAAAGUUGCAGGACGAAUUGUGCGACAUCGAUGUGCAGUUUUUAGACGUGUUUUGCUACGUCUACAACUACUGUGGAGUUUUAACAGGUCCCUAUUUUCGGUACAGAACUUUCCUAGACCAUCUGCACAAGCCGUACCACAAAUACGAUGAUUAUAAAAUAGAAAUUUUUAAGAAAUUAUAUUUAAUUCCUAUUCUAGGCGCGAUCCACGUAUUUACAAACUAUUACUGGCCGAUAUCGUACCUCAACACUGAUGAAUUUUAUACGAGAGCGUUCCUAUAUAGAUAUUGGUACAUCUGGCCCGCUUUUAUAAUAUUCCGAAGUCGUAUAUAUUUAGGACUCAUUUUAACCGAAAUGGUUUGCACGAUGGGAGGUCUAGGGGUGUAUCCAGCUUUUUCCAAACCUAAAUCGGGGCAUGGUCCUACGGAGAAUUUAAAACAAUUGAAAGAACUUGCCGAACCCGAUGACUUCAAAAACCUCGAGUACAGCUACGAAACCAUCCACUGCUUGAACGUUUACGAAUCCGACUUUGCCCCGACCAUGAGGGAAGCCAUGAAGCAUUGGAACAUAACUGUGCAGUACUGGUUGGCCACCUACAUUUACAAGAGGUGUCCGUUUAAGAAGUUCCGCACGGGAGUUACUAUGUUUUUGUCGGCGCUGUGGCACGGAAUGUACACCGGGUAUUACCUGUGUAUAGCAACGGUGCCCCUGGCACUCGUAUACGAGGAUGUUUGGGUGAAACUGCUGCUGAAAGACACUACGGGACUGGCUCUGAAAGCAUCAAAACUGCUCCUGCUCUUCCUAAAAAUGCAAAUGUUUUCCUACCAAGCCACCGCCUUUGUUCUUUUAGAGGUCUGGAAGAUAUAUAGAUACUACAGCAGCGUGUACCACUGCGUUCCGAUCCUGUACGUCGGGCUGUAUUUCCUCGGCAGGUAUCUGUUGAAACAGAAACGAUUAAGGGGGAAAAAAGCCGAAUUAGAUGAGGCAGGAGAUAAGGAAGUCAAAACGAAAAUUAACUAGAAUAAUGUCGAACAAAACUUGUUUUCCUUUACUAAUCGUUAUGGUGGCGUGAUUUUUGUAGAACGUAGGAUCAAAUAAGAGUAGCGCUCAAUCAGGCAUUAAUUAACAAAAAAGAAGGUGAGAAAUGUGUAUUUUAAUAAUAAUUUAUAAACUUGAUAUAAUGAUAGCACUACAAUAGUCACAAUAAUUAUAAAUUUUUUUAUUUAGAUGAAUCAGUAUAUAAAAAUAUGUAUACAGGGUGUCUUUACUUUAGACUGACAGUCAGGAUUAUAACGUGUACGAUUUUAUUCUUGUUUAAUUAAUUUUUGGCUUUUCUUGAUUUUCAUUUAAAUAUCCUAUUUUUUUUCUAUUAGAUUUUUUGUUAUCACUGUGCUUCUCCAAGAGAAUAUUGUAAUGUACCGGGCGUUUUAAAAAAAUGAUGCCAUAAAUUCUAAUUGAUCGAUUGAGAAAGAAGACAAUUUUUUCAGAUGGAUAUGGCCUAUUGUCUUUUAUUUUUAAAAUAGAGUGCCAGAUGAUUUUUUUAAAUAAAAUUUUUGUCAUUUCCUUUUACAAAAUAUAGGUCAUUGCGUUGAAAUUUAGUGCGGAUAAGGUUUUGGGGAUGCUAAAAACGCCAGUAUUAUUUGUCAAAAUUGGAGUAUUUGUAUACAAUUUUUGCAAGAAAACCUAAACUCAAAAAAGUCAUAAAAUGUCACUGGUCACUGGGAUAGAUUGCAACUAACAACUUCUAUGAGAUAAUCGAAAAGUAACAACACCAACAUUUUUAGUUUCCUUAAAAACCUACUUAUUUCAUAUUUCGAUGCAAUACAUUGUAUUUCACAAAAGUUAUAACCAAAAAUUGAUUAACAAAAAAAAACAAAGGCAAUAGAUCCAAUGACUCAUAGCGGAAAAAAUUUAUUUUGUUUUUUUAUUACACCCAGUAUAUCAUUUGUAAUUCAUUAUAAUAUUAUACCACCCCUGCUUCCACACUAUGUGGAUUUUUUAAGGAACAUUCUAGACAUAUUAUAAUCCCAAAAACUAAACUUUGUGCUUCCUUAACUUCGGUUUAUUUGAACUACCUUCCUAAAUCUAAACUUAAGACUGCCAUAUUUGCGACACCCUGUAUAUAUUAACAUUUAUGUAAUCAUACUAUAAGGUAUUCAUUUUGUGUAUUGUAAAAAUGGCUCUCUUUGUUUGCUGCAACUUUUAUCUACAAACUUCUAUGAGUUGGAUUUAAAAAAUCAUUUUAUAAUCAUUGAAAAGCCAUUUACUUACUAUAUGUGUACAAAUUUUAUGAAUCUGUCUCCUUAAAUAAAUUAAUAGAGUUAUUUUUUUUUACUGUAAAGUUGUGGAAGUCAUG